AUGACUGAUCCUUCGUCGGCUGAUUUACUAGGACCAAAUUCGAAGAAUAUAUCAGAAAACAAAAAUGAAAGAGUAACUUCAAAUAAAUUUAAUAAAGUUUCUAAUGAUAAUGAUACCCAUCAAAAUAGCAAUAACGCCAAUAAUAUAACCGGAAAUAAUAACGGCUCUAUUAACAAUUUUAUAAUGGCAGGCAAUAUAAAUUCAAAUUCUGGUACAAAUCUUAAUAACCUUGCAAAUAGAAGAGAUUCCAGUCUAAUAUACCCACCAAUACAACGAUCAAAUCAAAGAAAUGACUCUAUAAACGCGAUGUUCAAUACUUUUAAUUUACCACGAUUUUCAACUGAUGCCUCUAUAGCUCCAUUCUUAAAUAUUGCAGAUGGUACAAACGGAAGUGUAACGAUGAUAAAUAAUGAACAUGGUCCACAUAUAAAUGAUUCCACAAAGAGACGAUCACAGGAUCUUUCCCAAAUUGCAAGAGGUUACUCUAUUGUUAACAAUAAUAUGUGGACACCACCAACAUCACAACAUAAUAUACCACAUAUAUCGAAUCCUUUACAAACAAAAAUUGCAAAUAACCAUAUUGAUCCAUUAGAUGUAAAUAGUGCACCAAAAUUCAAGCCUUUGUCGUUUUCUGCCGGCAAAUUAAGUUCUGUCAAUAAUGAAAAAAACAGAGCAGACUCAAUGUCAAUUCCUCCAUCCAACAGAGGUUCCACAGUACUUCCAAUAGAUGGUACAGAUAUGGAUAUAUUACAUACACAAAGUAACAAGAGAGGCUCUAUUCCGAUAAAUAUGAAACCUCCUACAAUUCUCCCAGCAUCAAACGCCAAUAACAACGGCGCAACAAUUCCUCCAAAAUUCCAAAAUCAAAAUUUUAUUAGAAACACAAAUGGGAGUAAUGUUGUUAACAACAUCGCAAAUAAUUUUGCUCCAGGAGCCAAUAAUAUUAACCAAAAUUUAGGAUUGGAUUCAUUUUUCAGUGGAAAUAAUUCAAGAAAAAACUCUCUGAAGCUUGGUACGGACGAUUUUGAUUUUGAUAUGAGGAGACGUAACUCAUCCAUAAAGUUACUGUUGGAUGUUAAUAAUCAACCAGUUAGUUCACCAUUGUCCAAUCAAAUGGUUCAGCAUAAUGGUCCAAUACCUAGAGAUAUUCAAAAACCACCAUUCCCAGCGGAUGUUGCAACACUCCCUUCAAGCCUAUCAAGAUUUUCGUCUAUGAUGAAUUUUAUUGGAAAUGAGCAAACUGGACCAAAUGGUAUUCCCAUUAACAGAGAUAUUAUAGUUAAUAAUCCAAAUAUGAUACCUCAAGGUCAAUCAAUAGGUAGUAUUAACGGCAUCCAAACCACUGGAGAUGUUGUCAAGCAAGAACAACUUGUGAUGAACUCCGGUUCUGAUAUAGGUGGCAGAGAUUUAGCCAAUAACAAGAAGAGAACGGCUAAAACGAAUAAAACGAAAAAACAACCAAAGAAAAGAAAACAAAAAUCACCUUCAAAUGGUAAUGGCAGUUUAGUUCCUGAAAAUUAUUCUGAUAAUAAUAACACCAAGAAGCCUAAGAGGAAAGGAAAUGAAAAGAAAAUAGAUAAAAAAUCUUCCUUUGAGGACGUCUUAAAGAAAAUUACUAAGAACCAUGGUAUAGAUAAAACUGUCGCAGAGGAAAAUUUACUAAAGGAAAGUGAAAAGAAAGCUAGAGAUUUGUUGGGGGUGACGAAGAUUGAUGAAUUAAUGCUGAUGAUUGAUGCAAGAAAGAAGGGUGUUACAGAGAAAGUUGAAACAACAAAGGAUGGGAAAUUAGUAAUUGGGUCAAACUCUGAUAUAUUGCCUCCAAGUAACGAGAUUGUUGGUGGUGUAGAGAAGCCUGUCGGAUCACAUGGUGUAAAGCAACAUGAAUGUAAAAUCUGUCACAGAUUUUUCACUCAGUUAACUCAUUUGGAGGUUCACAUUAGAUCUCAUAUAGGAUAUAAACCAUUUGAAUGUCAAUAUUGUAAAAAAAGAUUCACCCAAGGUGGUAAUUUAAGAACUCAUUUAAGACUUCACACUGGUGAAAAACCGUAUGAAUGUGAGAUUUGUAGCAAAAGAUUUUCAAGAAAGGGUAACCUUGCAGCACAUGUACUGACACAUCAAAAAUUAAGACCGUUUGUUUGCAGGCUAGAUAAUUGCUAUAAAACGUUUACUCAAUUAGGAAAUAUGAAGGCACAUCAAAAUAGAUUUCAUUUAUCUGCUUUGAGUAAAUUAACAGAAAGAUUGGCUAAACUAGAUCCAAAUGAGAUUAUUGCUCCUGAAGAAAGGGAUAUGCUGGAAUAUUUUGCAUCAUUAUAUAAAAAUUCUAAUAAGGGUAUCAAAGGUAGAGGAAGGGAUAGGUCGAGUUCUUCGAGUCCUAUUAAAGAAAAAGAAACUACGAUAAUUGAAGAGAAACCUGUUAAUUCCAGUAUAUCUCCGGCAUACCGUUUAUACCAACCGAACCCUGUUGACCAACAACAACAAAUUCAGCAACAGCAAUCAUCCAUGAACAAUAGAAUACCUUCUGAGGAUAAUUUACAAAAUAAUAUACCAGGAUCUAUAAAUAUGGAUUUUACGAAUCAUGUUGUUAAUGUUGGGGAUCCACAAAUUCAAGGAGGCUCAAACAUAAGAGACAUACCAAUGGAUUCAAACUUCCUACAAAAUGAUCAACCGAAUGGACAACUUUUAGAUGAAAAUGGGGUGGAUUUUAAGUUUGUCAAUUACAAAAAAUAG